UUGGAACAUCUUCUUUUUUCUUCAUUUUCUUGCCUUACACAUGUUCGUUUGUACGUACCAUAACAAAUAAUCAAAUCUACUACACUUAUAAACACUAUACCUAUUUAUGUGCGUAGUGGUUAACACCCAUACAAGAGUCACGGGUCACAUUUAAGCUUCAACUAUAUAUUUGCAUGUUAUUUGCCAAAAGGAUUUGACAAUAAUGCAACAAGAGUUUCAUUGAAAAUUUCAAGAACCCUAGUUAAUAACGAUAAUGGGUUCGAGAGUUUUGGCUUCCUUCUUUGUUUUCUUAAUCUUCACGGUCAUCACAUUGCCUCCCACGAUCCAAGCUUGCACUCCUUGUACUCGUCCUCAUCCUCCGGUUCCGAAACCUCCACAACACGGCGGUGGUGGAGGUGGUGGUAGCAAGCCGCCUCCACAUCACGGUGGAAAAGGUGGUGGUAAACCCCCACCCCACGGUGGAAAAGGUGGAGGACCGCCGCAUCAUGGUGGAGGAGGAGGAGGAGGAGGGAAAUCACCGCCGGUUGUUAGACCUCCUCCCGUAGUGGUGAGGCCACCGCCAAUCAUAAGACCUCCUCCGGUCGUCUAUCCACCACCAAUUGUGAGGCCACCGCCAAUCACAAGACCUCCCAUCAUAAUCCCUCCAAUUCAACCACCGCCGGUUACAACUCCUCCGGGACUCCUCCCUCCGAUCACAACUCCUCCGGGACUCCUCCCUCCAGUCACAACUCCUCCGGGACUUCUCCCUCCAGUCACAACUCCUCCAGGACUUCUCCCUCCAAUCAUUAACCCACCUCCGGUCACAGUCCCACCACCAUCGUCCGGCUAUCCACCAUAUGGUCCACCUUCCGGUGGAGGAGGAGGAGGCGGCGGCAAACAACCAACGUGUCCGAUCAAUGCAUUGAAGCUUGGAGCCUGUGUUGAUGUUUUGGGAGGAUUGAUCCAUAUAGGACUUGGAAAUCCGGUGGAGAAUGUGUGUUGUCCAGUGUUACAAGGGUUACUUGAGCUAGAAGCAGCCGUUUGUCUUUGCACAACCAUAAGACUUAAGCUUCUCAACUUAAACAUCUUCAUUCCUCUUGCACUUCAAGCUCUUAUCACUUGUGGGAUCAAUCCUCCUUCUGGUUUUGUCUGCCCUCCUCUCACUUGAUCUAAAAACAUCCCCUUGAUUUAACAAAUGUACGUAUGAUCAAGGGUGGUUUUCGAGGCUUUUGUAAUAAUUCAAAUAUAUAUGUGGUACUUUUGAUUAUCAGGUUUGUUGAUUAUCUAGGGUUUUAAUUAACAAGUGUUGUUUUCUGUUAUUGUCGUUGUUGUUAUAAUUAAGCUAGGGUUUUUGCAUGGCCUUCUUUAAAUUUCUUUUGCGUGUAAUCUUUCGUACGUUUUGUAUUGUUCCAGCUUCUCGCUGUCUAUCAAUUUGACUCUUUAGUCUCUCUAUCUCCCUCUCUCUACGUAUGUAGGAGUUUGUGUGUAUUGUCAUGCAUUAUGCAUGCAGUCAUGCAGAUGCAGUGCAGAUAUGGGAACGUGUGUGGAUCGUACGGAAAUAAACUUUUAUGAAGAGAACUAUUAUAUUAUAUUCAUACAAA